AUGCAUGAGAACACCGAGGCCAAUAUAGACAGCAUUCAGAAGUCAUGGGACACGCCAGACGGCUCGACUCAGGCCCACGACGAGUUUCCGAAGCAGCAUGCUGUCCACCACACCGGCAUCGCUGCAUUGGCCGACAUUGGAAACGAGGAUCCUGAAAACACCGAGUUUCGCUGGACGCUCCCAGUCUUCACCAACCUCUUCGCUCUCUACAUCACCUGGUUUGUCGCCACGUUUGGGAACUCGGCCUACGCCUCUUCGCUUGCCUAUGUGGCGCGUCGGUUCCCCGAGUCUGCCAGUCAGGUCGGCUGGGUAUCGACUGGCCCGUAUGUUGUGGCCACGGUGCUCAUGGUCCCUGUGGGAGAGGUGUCGGAUUUGAUCGGGCGGAAACUCUUCGUCAUGAUAUGUCUGGCCUUGUCGACAGUGGGUGCCCUUGUGGCUGGUCGUGCGGACAGUUUCGGCAUGAUCAUUGGCGGUCAGACUCUGCAAGGCUUCGGUCUCGUGCUGUGCUACCUCCCAGGCCCGUUGACGCAGGAGAUGGUACCAAAGAUCGUACGGCCCAUCGUUGCAGGUACUGGCGGAUGCAUCGUCGGCGUCGGGUACAUCAUGUCUCCCAUCAUCGAAGGCGUAUUCAUCAAAAAGGGCUAUGGCGGCGAGCUCGAGGGUUGGAGAACAGGCUACUACACGUCGGCGGGCAUGUAUGUGUUGGCCCUCGUGUGUGUCCUCCUCUUAUACCAUCCAGCGAGCAGACCCAAUCCGACACACAGCACCAAGUGGCAACGGCUGAUGAAGAUCGAUUGGUUUGGUCUCCUUUUGCUCGCGGGAGGUCUGGCCAUGUUCCUCGUCGGUCUCAGUGCAGGAGGCAUUACUCGGCCCUGGACGUCAGCUUCAAUCAUCUCGUUACUCGUCAUCGGAGGUUUUUGCCUCGUUGGUCUCUUUAUCUGGAACUGGAAAGGGACUAGCGAGGGCAUGUUUCCUCACUGCCUGUUCGAGCACCGCAACUUUGGCAUCACCCUUGUUGUCCGAGCUGUGGGGAGCUUCGCCCAAAUCGGCUGUCAAGCAUAUCUCCCGCAGCUCGUGGUCUUGCUCUUCACCAGCGACGGUGUCUUACAAGCCGUCUGGCAGCUUCCGUUCAGCGUCAGUCUGAUCUUUGGGUCGGCCGGAGCUGCGGCGGGACUCAGACUGACAAGAGAAGGCCGCUGGAUCGCAGUCUUGUCCAUGCUCUUCUUGAUCCUGGGCGGAGGUCUUCUCAUCCUCAUCAAGCCCGACGUCAGCUUCGCCGCCUGGUUCUUUGCCGCGGCCGUAACCGGCUUCGGCAUCGGCUGUGAAUCUCAGGUCUUGAACAUCAUCGCCGGCCUGUGCACGCCAGACCAUCUGAUCGCCACGGCCAUCAUGGUCGCCUCGCUCUCCGGGACCUUUGGCGGCUCAAUCGCCAUCACCGUCUUCGGCCAGAUCUACCAAUCCAGUCUCAAAGACAUGUUGCCAAAGGCCAUCUCCACCGCCGUCACCAAGGACGGCUUUCCCCAGGAUAAUCUCCCGGCCCUUUUCGAAGCAUAUGCAACCUCGAACCAGACCCUGAUAGCCCAGGUGCCGGGUAUGACGCCGCAGAUUCUCCAGGCUCUCAACGACGCGGUCCUGGACGCGAGUGCAAAGAGCUACCACAACGUGUGGUACACGUUGAUCGCGUUUGCGGCCAUCACGACCGUCAUCGCCUGGUUCCUCAAGAGCACGAAAGAGCAGUUGACGAGAGCUGUGACUGCACCUGUGGGGGAGAGGGUUCUCGGGCUGGAGAUGGACGCGGAGCGGCGACCGGCGGUCAGACACGGGGUGAGCAAGGAGGCCAGUUGA